AUGGAGCCACAGGUCAAGAUCGGCGCCAUCUACGUGAAGAACACAUUUCUUCAUUUCGCUCCGGAGAAUGAGACGCCCGCCGUGGGCAGGUCAGCUUCUUGCCCGCCUGGCAUGGCGAAGGAGUUCAAUACAUACAAUACAUACAAUACAUCGUGCUGUGGCGGUCCAUGGACCCAGUCAACCCUAGCCACAGCCCCGAACGAGCUCAUCGAUGACGAUGCUGACAGCGCCGACGAGGUCGCGACAUGUUACAGCGAUCUCUCGGAUCAUCAUCCUUUCCCAGUGGAUGCAAUCAGCGCGAACAGGCAAUCCUUUCCUGCCACGGAAGUGAGCGACGGCAAGUGUGCCGGCCAGUCUUGUGACGUCCGCGGCAGUCGUGAAAACCAGAGGGAGGCUUUGAGCCUGUCCUUCCAAAAGAAAGUCAACAAGGAGCUCUCGAACACUGCACAGAAGGGUGGUUCCAGGAUCCUGGAGGUGGUCGAGAGGCACCUGGCUGUGAUGAACUGCCUCAACCUCGCCACCGCCUUUCAUCGCCUCGCCCGUCACACGGAGAAUCCCCAAGAGGUCACAAGCAGCAGCACCUUCCUUCGUAUGAUCGACCUGGCUCACGACUUUGCUCGGCAGGAGCUGGAAAGCCGAAAUCAGACCAUGCCAGAGAAGUGUUGCACCAUCAUCGCUUGGUCUUGUGCAAACCUCGACGCAUUUCCUGGUCCGCUCUUCUCCCUCCUCGCGCAGCUUGUGGUGUGCAAUGUGCAAAGUUGCGAGAGCUAUGAGCUCACGAAUAUGCUGUGGGCCUUUGCCAAGCUGUACAAACUGCGGCCGGAGCUCGCGCCGCAGGUCCAAUGGGAAACUCAGCAGCUUGUGAACGCCGUGGCAUGGAUUUUUCAACACCGGGGUGUCCAAGACUUGAAGACACAGGUUCUAAGUUCUGCCUUGGUGUCUGUGGCGACGUUGCCUGGCCGCAGCCGCAGCUCCAGCUGGCUCUUCAGCGCUUGCGGGCAGGAGCUCGCUGAACGCUGGGACGAAGUGACUGUACAAAGCAGGCCGCAAAUCUCCUUCGCAUUUAAGCUGAUGCGGGGGCACAAUCUUCAACUCGUCCGGAACGUUGAGCGAGCCCUGGCUGAAAAACGCCCUGAGAUGGUGUCUUUCAUGACCGAAGCCAUGCGGGGCAAGCGCAGGAACCGCCGCUAA